AUGUUCAUCCUACAAAAGAAACUUCAAUUAUUAAACACAAAGCUAAAAGAGUGGAAUAUAUCUACCUUUCAAAACGUCCAUGACAAUGUGAAGACGGCUGAAGAGAAUCUUAUUAGAAUCCAUAAAGAUAUUGAGGUGGAUGACCAUACUGAAUCUCUUAGCAUUUUAGAGAAGAAAUCUCAAGUUCAACUUGACGACGCUCUUCAUUUCGAGGAAAUCUUUUGGAAAGAAAAGGCAAAAGUGAAAUGGAACAUGCAUGGGGAUAGAAACACAAGGUAUUUCCAUAGGAUUAUUAAGAUCAAGAAAACCACAAAGAGGAUUUCUAGCUUGAAAGUGGAGGGAGUGGUCAUCACUAAUCAGGAAUAG